AGAAAACUAAGCAAUCUGAAGUCCUGCUUUUCCUUCCCCAGCCCCUGUCUCCCCCUGCUGCUUUUUGCCAGAGGUUUGUGAUCUUUAAGAAAAUCGGUUUGAACUAAACAAACUUUGAAGAAGUGUCUUGAAGAAACUGAUAUUCUCCACUGGCUGGCUGCCAACAAACGUAGAGAGCUUUGUUGCUAGUGAAUAUGCACACAUCGUGACUCUAUUUCUGUGUAUAUGACUGUGUGGGGCAACAUUUGGAAUGAAGCUGCCAUUAUGUCAGCCAUGGGCAAUGGCACUGAUAUUGAAGAAUUCUUGGUCAACAUUAACCUGGGACAGUAUCUUCCUCACUUUAAAGAAUAUGGCUAUAACAUUGUGACAGAUUGCAUGGGAAUAAAUAACAGUGUGCUUCAGCAAAUGGGAGUGUUGCCUACAGGCCACCGCAGAAGGAUUCUUAAGCAAUUAGACACCACUCUUUCAAAAAUGCAAGGAAAUUCUUUUUUCUGUGAAAAUCUGAAACUCAAAGACUUGAAAGGUUCAGAAGAGAAGCAAUGUUCAUCCUCGGGUCAGGAAUCUUCAACAAGCAAUUCAAGUGUAGAUGGGACUAGAUUGGUACCUCAAACAUUGUCAGAACAACUUCCUAAUAAAGAUCACAUUGAUGAAGAAAGGUUUGAACUUGCAGAGCAAAACUUAUCUGAGGCAAAUGAUGAUAGCUUUGCAAAUUUGGAUUUUUCUGGUCUAUACCAGAAUUCACACAGCAUAUUAAAAUCUGUCGGUCUGUGUGGCAGUAUUCAGACGAAUGCUCAGCCAGAUACAUCACUGGAAGAAGCUGCUGCAUACCAAGCUGAUGAGCACUUGCCUGGCUGUUUGGCAUUUUGUGAUCCUCCUUCUUCAUUUGCUCAUUCAUGUGAGACAAAAUACAGUGAAAACAAACAUCUGAUGUUUACAGAUGAGGGUGAUUUAUCUGAUAGUGAGCCAAAUUCUCCAUUCUUUAAAUUUAAAGGAGAAAUGAUAGACAAUGACUUAUAUGGUUCCUAUACACAAAACUGCAUGGAAGUCUUUCCAAGAGCAAGCCAAUCUUUUAUAUUAAGGCAUCGACCUGUACCAGAAAUUCCCAAAUUGAGUAAAGUUCAAGCUUCAUCAAGUUCCCUUCAGAGAAGAAGAAAUGUGGAUCUUGUAAAUAUUUCUUGCACUGGGAGGCAAAUUUCGCAAAACAAAACUUUAAGAGAAGAAAAGCCACCCGUCAUCUCUCCAUAUGGAGAAACCUUUAUCUGUGACAACCCUGAAGAUGCUAAAGAACUUCAUGGAAAUGAAUUCCUGGCUUGUGAAAAUAAAUUGGAUCUAGGAAUGAAUGAAGAGUAUUCUUUCAAGAAUCAAUGUUCUAGUAAUCAAGAGGAGAAGAAGGAAUUUGCAAAACCUGAAUCCCGGUCUCAAGAAAACAAAUCAUUAACACCAGAAGAAUCUGAAAGUGAAUCUGUGUAUUCAGUUGUGGAACGGUGUUCUUUGCCAUUAAAGAAAAAGAAAAAUAAAGCAAAACCACACUCUGCCUCUUGUAAUAAGAUAAGAAGUGGACAUUCAGAUCGUUUGGUCAGUGAACAAAUGCAUUUUCAGCAAUUUGAUGGAGAUCAAGUCUUGAUUGGAAACGAAUCAAUAACACCCUAUGCUUGUUUUUAUGGAUCAUCAGUAAAGAAGGUUAAAGCAGGAUGGCUGGAUAAAUUAUCCCCUCAAGGCAAACAUAUGUUUCAGAAGCGCUGGGUUAAGUUUGAUGGAGACAGCAUUUCUUAUUACAAUAAUGAAAAGGAAGUGUUCUCAAAGGGAAUAAUACUGCUCUCUGCUAUAGCAACAGUAAGAGUUCAUGGAGAGAAUAAAUUUGAAGUUGUCACUUCCCAUAGGACUUUUGUCUUCCGUGUGGAUAAAGAAGAAGAAAGGAAUGACUGGGUUAAUACAAUGCUCUAUGCCUUGAAAUCACAAUCUGAUAAUAACUGUAAGUCUCGAACUUCUGUUGCCCCUGAGAAAAGUGGAUAUCUUGAGCUGAAAGGAUACAAAGCCAAAAUCUUUAUUCUACUUCAGGGGAAUACUGUGUGGAUCUGCAAAAAUGAGCAGGAUUUUAAGACAGGAUUUGGUAUCACUGUAAUCCCUAUGAACGUGGCAAAUGUAAAACAAGUGGAUCGGACUGCAAAGCAAUCUUUUGAAAUAAUUACUCCUUAUAAAAGCUUUAGCUUUACAGCAGACUCCGAAAAAGAGAAACAAGACUGGAUUGAAGCACUGCAGCAAUCGAUAGCAGAAACUCUGUCUGAUUAUGAAGUAGCUGAGAAGAUUUGGUUCAAUGAGUCCAACAGGAGCUGUGCUGACUGUAAAGCUCCUGGUCCUGACUGGGCAUCCAUCAAUCUCUGUGUUGUCAUUUGUAAGAAGUGUGCAGGGCAGCACCGAUCUUUAGGACCAAGAGAUUCAAAGGUCCGGAGUUUAAAAAUGGAUGCCAGCAUUUGGAGCAAUGAACUGAUUGAGCUCUUUAUCAUCAUUGGAAAUAAGAGGGCAAACAGUUUUUGGGCAGGAAAUCUUUCUCCAGAUGAAGAGCUGCAUAUGGAUGACCCUGCAGAAAAAAGGAUAGCAUUCAUUACACAAAAAUAUAAGGAGGGAAGAUUCAGGAAAACACCUUUUCCCUACAAAACCAAGGAACAGUUGAAUAAGGCCCUGUGUGCUGCUGUAGUUAAACACGAUGUGCUAGAAACUCUGAUGUUGCUGUUUAGUGGGGCUGAUGCUAUGUGUGCCACUGGAGACCCUGUUUACAGUACUCCAUACCUACUAGCCAAGAAAGCUGGACAAAGACUGCAAAUGGAAUUCCUUUACCAUAAUAAGUUUUCAGAUUUUCCAAACUACAAUACUUGUUUUGAAAGUGGCUUCUCUGAAGAUUCUUCACAUUCCACCUUUCUUUGUGAAUUCCUAUACAAAGUUUCUUCUAAUGCUGCUAAGCUUCUUACAGAGAAGAAAUUAAAAGAAGAUUGCAACAAAAGAUGGUGCACUUUGGAAAGUGGCUUUUUGAGCUACUAUGAAAAUGAUAAAACUACCACUCCUAAUGGUAUGAUUGACAUCAAUGAAGUUAUCUGUCUUGUAGUGCACAAGUCAGACUUCUUUUCAAAUCGAGGGGACAUAUUUACCUUUGAAAUCUACUUAAUGUCAGAACGUGUUAUUCUAUUUGGAGCUGAAACUGCGUAUUCACAAAGAAAAUGGACUUGGGCAAUAGCUAAGCAUUUUGUUCCCCCUGUGGCUGAAUGCUUAUUAGAGAGAGACUGUGACCUGAUUGGCCAGCUGUACUACAAAGAUUGCCAUAACCUGGAUCAGUGGAGAAAAGGCUGGUUUGCUAUAGAGGAGUCGAGCCUUUAUUUUUGUCUUGAAAUGGAGAAUGCUGAAGAAGAUGCAAUAUAUCUAAGGAGGCUGCAAGAACUAACAAUCAGUAGUGUGAUGCAAAAUGGAGAGAAAGUAGAUGUCCUGCUGCUUGUUGAAAAAGGAAGAACUCUGUACAUCCAUGGCCAUACAAAGCUGGAUUUCAUGGUCUGGUAUACUGCAAUUGAAAAAGCAGCAGGUACAGAUGGUAAUGCGUUACAAGAUCAGCAGCUCAGCAAAAAUGAUGUUCCUAUUAUAGUGAACAGCUGUAUAGCAUUUGUUACACAGUAUGGUUUAGGUAGCAAGCAGAUCUACCUGAAGAAUGGUGAUUCUUCCAAUGUGGCUGAGCUGCUGGAAAGCUUCAAAAAAGAUGCAAGGAGUGUUAAACUAAGAGCAGGAAAACAUCAGCUUGAAGAUGUGACAGAUGUAUUGAAACUUUUUCUUUCUCAAAUAGAUGAUGCACUUCUCAGUAAAGAACUUUAUCCAUUCUGGAUCUCUGCAUUAGAUACACAGAAUGAAAAAGAACGUGUGAGGAAGUAUGGAGCUUUUAUUCAGACGCUCCCACCAGUCAAUAGGGCAACUUUGGCUGCUUUAAUUGAACAUCUUUACAGGGUGCAGAAGUGUUCUGAAAUCAAUCAUAUGAACCCUCACAAUCUAGCCAUGGUGUUUUCCUCAUGCUUAUUUCAAACUAAAGGCCAGACUAGUGAAGAAGUCAAUGUAAUUGAAGAUCUAAUUAAAAAUUAUGUGCAACUUUUUGAUAUAAAUGAAGACCAGGUCAAACAAAUGGAUAUAGAGAACAGCUUUAUUACCAGGUGGAAAGAUACUCAGGUUUCCCAGGCUGGAGAUUUGCUUAUCGAAGUUUAUGUGGAAAGAAAGGAGCCAGACUGCAGUAUUAUAAUCAGGGUGUCACCAUUGACAGAAGCAGAAGAAUUAACUAAUGAUGUUUUAGGAAUCAAAAACAUUAUUCCCAACAAAGAUGAUAUGUGGGCUACUUUUGAAGUGCUUGAAAAUGGAGAACUAGAACGUCCUCUGCAUUAUACUGAGAAUGUACUAGAACAAGUUCUUCACUGGAGUUCACUACCAGAGCCUGGCACUGCAUAUCUGAUAAUAAAGAGAUUUCUAACAGCAGACAUGAUAAAACUCUAUGCUGAGAGAAAUGAAAAAGCCAGUGUGAAAGCAGGCAGUCUGAAGUACAAGGAAGAACCAUCCAAACUACUGUCUGGAAACAAAUUUCAAGAGCGUUAUUUUGUGUUACGGGAAGGAAGCUUGCUUCUCUAUAAGGAUACGAAGGCUAGCAAAGCUGAAAAAGUGUUGCCUGUCAAUUCCCUGAAGCUUUAUAUUGGAGUGAAAAAGAAAAUGAAGCCACCAACAAACUGGGGACUUGCCGUAUUUUCUGAAAAGCACCACUGGUAUAUAUGUUGUGAUGGACAAGAUGCGCAGAUGGACUGGAUGAUCAGCAUUUUUUCUGCACAGCAUGCAGAUAUAUGGCCACCUGCUGGAAAAGCAAGAAAACAGUCUGUAACUAAAAGUCCAAAGAUCGGAGGCUUACCUCUAAUUCCUAUUCAACAGGAGAAGAACACUUGUAAAAUCAGAGGGAGUACAGAAAAUAUAGAACUGCAAUCAGGGAAACAAAAAUUUGGUGAGCAUCAAGAAAAUUUCUUUCUAGAAGAAAGACAAAACUUGAAAGAAAAAGCCUGUAUUGUGGCACAAUGUUUGGAACGGAAGGAGGAGGAAGUGCGAAAUCAUGGAAAAACACAUCGGAGGUUGAUCUCUGUUGAGGAUGUAGGUGCAGGGAUGAUUGACCUACACCAAAGACCACAUAAGGCAUUGAAGAAAAAUAAGAACAAACCAAACAAAACUACUUUGGAAUUAGAUAACAGAUUGCCAUCAAACGUGAUUGAGGAACUGAAUACAGUGCUGAAGAAGAACAGAGUGUUUAAUGAUGAAACCUCUAGCUGAUUUCCUGAGCCUGAAGUUAUACACAAGAGUGUGUAUUUUCUGGGCAAAAGUAGUCUUUUUUGAUGUGUGUAGUUUGUACAGUGCAGAGAAAAUGUAAUUUGUUUAGAUGUGGCUGUUUAUUUUGUAUUUGCAUAAGCAGCAUGUUAUAAUUUAAGAUUGAACGUAGAGAACUGAUUCUGUAAAACUCCUGAAAUUUGUGAGUUUUCCUGUUCAGUACAAUGACACCAGGGUUUUGUCUGUUCUUUUUAGUUGCAGAUUUUUUAAAUGUAAUAAUGCUACACAGUAUGAAAAACUAGAGCUGUGUUUAUAUUCUGAACUAUCUAGAUUAUAAGUACGAAAGAGAUAUAUUUGGAAGGAAGGCAAUACAUAUACUGAAAUUUGUACUUGUAUUUUUCUAACACUAUAAAAAUGAGUAACAUCUGCUUUGAAAAGUGAUUUUUGCUUUUUUUUUUAAUUUAAGAAUUAAAUCAGUAUAUGCUUCCAUAGAUUUGUCCCCUGACAGAGCGUCAUGUGAAAGAAUCAAAAGGGAGAGGAAUGUAUUAGUAUGUCUCAAAACUGUGUCUGUAUGGUGACAUUGAAGCAGUGAGAGAGAAUGCUGAGGUUGACAAAAAGAAGUCUUCAAAGCAACAUCUAAUUUAAAAGGGUGUAUGAAUUGAAAGAGCAUAAUCUCUUUUUACUCAACUGGUUAAAGUAAUUCUAUAAACAGACAGUGAGCUCAGGGUGACAAUGGCAGGCUUUUCUAGUGCUGUUUGGAUAGAGCUUGCCUGGUGCUGACAAAGUUGCUGGCAUCUCAUAAUUAUUUAGUAUUCACAUGAUAAAUUAAUUUCCUUAAGGAAAAAUGGUCGCCAUACAAAUAUAUCUAUUAGAAGGGUACCAACACACUCAAUUAAGAAGUGCCAGUUACUUAAUGGCUGAGAAGAUGAAUCACUGCCUGUACCAUGAGGACACGUGAAAAGUGUGCUAUUUGGAGGGACUAGGAAAUGCUUAUGCUACAACUGUAGCACAGCUGCUCUUCUUAGUGUGAGAAGUCUGUCUCAAAGUUGAGACAGACCCUUAGUUACCUCAUUUGCUGCAUUCUGAGCACCUAGGUAGCAGUUCCUGAAGACACAUGAUGUACUAUCCUGCAGCUAUGUCUGGUUUUAAGCCCCAAGUUCCUUAAAUUUAAAAUUCAGAAUCUGGCUUCCAAAUGAAACCUAUGAACAAUGAAAUAAUUUGGUUUUCCUCAGUUAUCUUGUGGGUGUCACCUUACCCAUGGAAUUGCCUCCUUCCUCUUUCAGGGCAUAUUCCAGGCUCUAUUUAGUCCCAUAACAGCUGGAUGGGGAAAAGUCACCUCUGUGCUGAGGCUGUUUCCAGUUGUGGCAGGUGCUGUCUGGUUAAACACCAGGACCAACAGAGCAGAGAGCUAAUGAGUUCACACUACACCUUUGCUUCAGGGAAAGCAUUAGUAACAUCUGCUUUAUUUUGCUGUUGGCCCUUUUGUGCUCUGAUUAGCCACUCUGCUGCACGUUUUCAGCAGCCUUUUAAGACCUUACUGAGGCCUUUUCUGUUCCUCAAAUUAUAUUAGAAUAGCCCAGACAUUUUAGGGUAAAGGAGAGAAUUUUAAACUGUUUCUUGUUAACUGGAAAAUGUUUUAAAUAGUCUCUUAAUUCCUUAAAGUUUCUGAUUAAAAAUUCAGUUUAAUAAGCACAAUGACAUUUGGUUUUUAUUAACAGAUAGUUUGAAGGAUGCUUUAUGUUGCUACUGAUUUUUUUCCCAUAUAGAAGCAGUAUGCUCACUUUUCUCCUCUUCUAUUUUUGGUAGUCACAGGUGCCGUAACAUUCCUUAUAUCACUUCUGUUCUUGACUGAAAUGAGCAGCUUAAUUGGAAGAGUAAUUUAUUUAUUUGAUUGAAGAAAUUAGAUACAUUACUCAAAUAAUAUAUGUGGCAACUCUGCCAGGAAGUACAGGGAAAAUGAGAUAAAACUCAAAUAUUUUAUAAUAUUUUGUAUUUAUUCUUCUGGAAUGUAGCACUGACAAAGCAAGUUUAGUCUUUCAGACUUUGCACUUACCAUAUUUGACCAGUUGUUAAAUCUCAAAAAAGUUUGUAGAUUUUAAUUUUCCCAGUGCACUAUUGACUGUUUUGCUACCUUUAAUUUGUAAUUGAGCCUCUUCUAAUCAUUGAGGCCCUGACUCAAAAAGCUUCUAAGCCUGAACUUAAAUUGUAUUGACUAAAGCUGGUGCUUAAUGUUAAUAAGCACAUUCUUAAAUGCUGAUUUGAACAGGGGCCUAAUGCCAUCAGGAGAAAUUACUUUCUGUCUGAGGCUGGACCUGAAUAUACUGUUUACAGUUGUACUUUUUUUUGCAAAUAUUUUUCAGUAUUGAGUUAUGGUUGCUGUAUUGUUUAUCUUUUUAUUGGGUUCUUAAAAAUGGCAUUUACCUCUGCUGAAAGCCUUAUGCAUCGUUUAAGUACCUAUACUAAUAGAAUAAGUGGAGCAAAGAGAGGGGUUUGUGCAUUGAAGUGAGUAUGUCCAUGAAGAAAAUGUUUUGUGUAUUUUAAUUGGAUCUAAGGACUACAGAAACAUUUGUUCUAUUUCAAAAGCAUAUUGCGGAUAAAACAUCUGUAUGGCUGCUGUUAAAGGGCCCUAAAAUUGAAGAAGAAAGUAUGCUUAUUAAAACGUUUAAAUUUUGUUUCAUAUGUGCAUGUACACAAAUACACUGUUUCUGUGUAUGUGUGCAUACAGUUAUGUGCACAUCCACAGAGGAACACUGAAUGGUGACAAUGUUAACCCAAGGAAAAUGUUUUGAGGAAAGUAGAAAUUAAAUUUGAAAUUAAUUAUUUCAAAUAGUUAUCAAAGUUUUGGACCAAUUAUCUGACAUAUCAUUGUUGCACUACACAUUUCAGACUGAUUUAACACCUGCAGAAUAAAUGUGUUUUGUCACAAAACCUUAAUGGCUGCUGAUCUUUUAUUGUUCCUGUGCCAUGUUGUGGAAUGGUAAAGGAAGUGUAAUCUUCAGAGAGUAAGUGGUAAUUAUUUUAAUAAAUGCUGUUUCUCUAAAAUAGGCAAUGAAUUAUUUUCAGAAAAAAAAAAUAAAAUGUUUUUUAAAAAAUAAA